AUGGGGGAGCCUGCGGCAAACUGGUUUCCCAGCCAGACUUUUGUGGGAAAACUCAAACGAAAUAUGAUGCCCCCGACUGUACAGAGGGACCUGGAAGUCCACGAAACCAAGGCCAAGCGGAGAGCUGGUGUAGGUUCUGCUCUUCCGAUGAGAUUGACCAGCUGUAUCUUUCAGAGCCCGGUGACUCGAAUAUCUUCCCACCCUAGCAACGUGGUCAAGUGCAGUCAGAGAGAGCAGGGGCUUCAGAGACCCCGGCAACUCUGGGAAUUCAGGAGGUUGCAGGGGCUCCAGGCCAAUGGCAGCGGAGGAGAACUUUUAAGUUCAUUUGAUUUUAUGCAUGCAUUAAAAAUAAUUGAAAUGGGAAAUCCCGGUGAAUCUGAGGGCCCAGCUGGUGCUGGGGGCCCAUGCCCUUUCCUGGAACCUGCUGGCCAGUCUCCACGUGGGAAAGGAAUGAUUCCAGGAGGGGGUCUUUGUCACUCACCAUCUUUCCACAGUCAACCGGUAACUAGUGCAGACAUCCGGAGACAGAUGUGGAAAGUGAAGAAACUGAGGAAGAAGCUGGCUGAGGCCCUAAUGGCAGAUAGGCUGGCCAGGGAGGCAGAGGAAACCAGGAGCCCAGAGGGCCGGUCUGACCCCUAG